GUUUUAUUUUUGGAGUACCCACUGCACUGUGUCUCUCUCCUUAAGGCUCCAGUUCGCUAGAGGAUGAGACGGCCUAGUGGCACUCUGAGCCGGGAUUAACAAGCAGAGAGCAGUUUGUCCCAACAUCCUCUCACCAAAGGACUUGAUAUGCUGAUGGAAGUGAGCAACGGGUUUGAGUCGGGGCUUUCCCAGCAAUAUCCACCACCUUUACUCCCGAAACCAGGCAAAGACAAUGUGAGGCUUCAAAAACUAAAGAAAAAGAGAGCCAAGAGAAAGGGCAGUCUCUCCCAGACACCUGUCCCAUUUCGUUCCUGUUUGUCACCUGUCAAUGAAGCCAGUACAGAUCUUGAGCACAGUGACCUGUCCAGUCCACCCAAAACACCGGAUUCAGUCGGCACUGUGGAAUCCUUGUGGUCUGCUCUUCCACUCGACUCCUUUGAUCAAUCUGCAUCUACAUUUCCUCUUCUUGAAAGCAGCUCCUACAAGAAAUGUGAUGGCAAUCUGCCACAGACCUACAAAAGACAGAUUAAGACUUCUGGAGAGCAGGUGGCACCACUAUAUGAAUGCUCCGUAUUUUUAUUUGAUGAAGUGCUGCCACCUUUAAAUUCGUCCACCGCACCAAGAAUGCAGUGGAUUCCAUCAUCCUCACCUCAAGCUGCUUUCAAUCCAGUGUCACUGGAUUCUCUUAGGUCAGACACGACAGACCAUCCUAUCACUGUGUCAGAGUCCAAUCCUAAAAUAUCAACUCAUAACCUGACACCAUCCUCAGCCAUCCUAAACUAUGGUUCAGACCCAACACCUUCUCAAGUUGCAGACCUGCCUCCUGUUGCUCCUGUGCUGGUAUCAGUUUCAAACACACAAAAAGAUAAUUUUAAUCCCAACCAUAUGGAAAGAAAAGAGCAUAAUCUACUCCAUACAUCAACUUCUUGGACCCCAAGACCUAUCAGUAAUGAUAACUUGGUAAGGCAUUUAUCCCAAGAGACAAGGUGUGAUGGUCCUAAAAAUUCAAUUUAUACAUCAAAAGCAAGAUUUAAUGAGAUCUCUAAGUCUCCUUCCAAUCAAGACCUGACAGCGAUGCACCAAAGCACCAAAGAAGAGUCAUUAGCAGUAACACAUAUGGACAAAAAAGCUCCAGAUGAAAUAAAACCUCAGAAACCACCUGUGCCCACAAUUGAAUGUGGAAAACCCAAGACUGCGUUGUGCACACAGUCAAGAUUAUCCAGUCACUCUGGUGAAAUACCUAAAAAUGACCCUCUGUUAUCUAUAACAAGUACAGAUUUGAAGUCUUGUCAAAAUGAAUUUGCUCCCUCAAUUUCCGUUGAGUCUCUUCGUGGCAAAAUGUGUGCCGCAAAAAUAGAAGUACAGCAGAAUAUGAUUGACAAUUACACAAAAAGGCAAAAUACCGAUCAUAAAGGGAGCGCUGUCCGAAAUACUUGUAGGAGUACCCUGAAUUUAAGCUGUACCGCUGACUCUUGCAUUUCUGGAGAAAAUCUCACACCACAUGCUACUAUGCCUGACUCUGCUCUUCGACAAUCUGUCCCAAACUUGAAAAACGACCACAUUUUACAAAGAGAUGCUGCAUUUUUGCCAAAUGUCCCAUCAUUUUUCUGCACAGCACCACAGACCAAGACAGCAAUGAUCUACCCACAAGAUUCCAAAAGCUUUAGCCAACUGUCAUCCUCCUAUCGUCCUCCAAUUGUUGAGGCACGCAAGUCCUUGUCAUCACUCCUGGAGAAUCGGAUAUCAUUAACAACCUCUAAAACAAAAGCACAAUCAACAUUUUAUGGACUUACUCCUCUUCAGUAUGCUGCUCAUGAUGGGAUUCGAACUCUAACAUCGUAUCAAAGCCUUCUAUCCCACAGAAUUGAGCUGACCUCUUUCACCAAAACACAUUCAGAGAAUGACUGUGUCUCAAAACCUGAUUCACCAAAACAACUCAAUGGACAUCAAAAGCGACCGUCAUUGGAGAGUGAAUCUGUAAAUUCUGUGCAUCCACUUUCAACGCCAAAGGAUUCCAAAUGCCGAACAGAGCGGACUGUCAGAGAUAACAAAGACAUAUUUGAGAAAAGCCAUGAGAUCAAAAGUCUACAUGUGGAAAUACCUUCAUUUGGAACAUCUAGUUUGGAAAAAAUAAGACCUGAGCUUCCUCUUGGCUUGGUACAGAAACACAUGUGUCAGUCCACAGUUGAUGUAUCUGCACGAAAGGCCUCAUACUCUGAGGUUCCAAUGCCAACCCUUAAAGCAGGUGAGGUGCACACACAGACUGUGACAAUGUUUCCUAUAAUGGCAGCUACAAAUAUGUCCCCAUGCCUAAACAAGAGCGGUAAAUUCGUUGAUGGCAAGCUGGUGGAGCAAGAUUCAACGACAGGAACACAGUGUACAAACACACAACUAGACAAUCCUUUUGACCAAACCGGUGUCACAAAUUCAAAGGGAAAACUUGGCAAAAGUAUAAAUGGUGUUGGCUCAAUAUCAAUCAAUAAAAUAAAUAAUUUAUCACAUAGCAAACCAUGUAUCAAUACGGAUCACAAAGCUUUGCACAGCCAAAGAGAGCAGCUUAAACAAAACAUAAAAGGAAGUACUGAGUUUAUCUCGCACACUGUUAACAUUCAUAACAUUUCACCCUCUGCCAUGACCAAUACUAAUCAAAUCCCCCAAAACACAAAGACAAGCUGCCAAUUUGAAACUGAAAUUAAAAAGCCAACUUUCACUGCUAUAGAAUCAAUGCUUCAAGAUGAGCCUAGAAGACCUUCUGCAUGUUCUGAACACAAUCACACACAGAACAAGACAGUAGGUCGCAAAAUGUGUUACCUAGGAGACACUUUUGCUUUGAAUACAUGCACUAGCCCUGUAAAUACGUUGCCAACCAAUAACCCCGUGCGUGAUAUCAAGCCCCCGGACAUACCAAUGAUUACAACCAAAUCCCCUAACAUAUUCCCUUUGGAGAGCGACCACCAACCAAACAUAGAAACCGGAAUGCUUCACAAAACAAGCGACACUGGCGUUCCAUCCUCCAGACUGCAAAGUAACGUUAGCCAUGAAGAAAAUUGCAACAUUACAGCUACCAAGCUCGCAACAGACACACCAGGAGCAUCACUAAAAAAUCAAAAUGAAUGUGCUAGAAAUCGUGUAUACCAGGGCAAAGCAAAUAUGAAAGCCCAAAUACGAAAUUCUGAUGCAUCUUCUAUGCUAACCAAUGGCAUUGCUUUUACGGCUGCAGAAUUAGCAGGAGACUCACUGCCUACCAUACCUUUAAUGGCAGGAAAUGAUGAAGCUAAAUUUACUGAUACCAAAAACACCUCAAAUCUUUCAAAUGGAGAAACACAGCCGAAUGUGCUUGACAGUCAUGGUAAGCAAUCCAACACGCAAUUUGUAGGAUUAGAUGCUUUCGACAGGACAAUCACAAAUAUGGUUCCCCCUCUGAAAUCAGGAGAUCUUAACAACCUAAAAGACAGAUGUGUUUUGGAAACUACUAAAUCAAACAAAUCCAAUAUUGGUGGAAAGCUUCCCGUCACUGAGGUGACUUUAACAGACCCAGUGGUAAGUGGUAAACCAUUACAUCUUACACCCCACGUCAUAGGUAAUGUGCCCUCAAGCUCUUUGAUGAGGCGUGUGACUCUAAAAAGUCCUCAGCUAAGAAAACCAGAGUCAGCUAUAAUAGCUGAAAAUAUUGACAAAAGACCCCUUUUCACACCACUUGAGGAGACUAUAAUUCAAAAUCCUAGGAAAAAUCUUUUGAAUUCAAAUGACUGUGUUGCUGCAAACAUACGAAGGAACAAUAUAGAACAGAAUCAAAAGCCCAAGUCUGAUGAAAAAGAGCAAAGUUGUGUGAAAUUAUCAGGCAUUCCAACUGGAGUGGGAAACACGAGUCACAAAGAAGCUAAUUUUGAAAAUAACAUUCAUGAAGAAAAAAUUCAAAACAUUUCACAUAAUGCUGUAAAUGCAAAAUCUUUGGUUGUCCCACGAGCCCCCUCAUUACAAGAACCAAGAUUGUGCAAUACACCAACACAGGCAUUUCAUUCGAUUUUACGCCAGUCCCGUCAUACUCCUGUCAACAACACCCCCUCCGCAGUACCAUUGCAAAAUAAGAGCAUUUCUAGCACCACUUAUGUCCCUGUUAAGCCAAAUUCCCAUUCAAAAAGCAAUCAAACAAAGCUAAACAUAGAAACCAAAAGCAGCCCUCCUCUCCAUCACUUGUCUGGCAAUCCAACCACACAUUCAUCUAAGCAAGUUGAACUAUGCCCUUCUUCUGGCACUGCAGAACAAAACCCUUCUGUUGUAAACUCACACAAUCAAGGCCGGUCAAAAGGUUCUGCCACUAAGGACCAGCAUUUGACAGAGGAGCCAGUUGAGAACAUUACCCCUACAGAGCCAGCAACAGAUUCUGUCAUGAAAUCAUCCAUAUUUAACGCUGCUGUGAUUGAUUCUCCCACUCCUGCCUCUCUGCCUCAGGCCUCAGUGUCAGUCUCAACUCCAUCCCCAAACAAAGGAACGUCACCGCUAUCUCAGCAAAUCACUGGACUCAAAGACAGGGAUAUUUUGAAGAUGAAGGAUACAUCAGGUGUGGCAGAGAAAAGAGCAGUCGAACCCUCCAUGAAGUCAGUGACAUCAAUUGCAUCUUCAACUGCUGAGAAAAACACAGUUGGACCAGGAACAUCUCACUUACCUACGGAGUCAAAGGCAACCCAGAAGCCAAAAGGCUUUAAGGCUAAACUCAGUGGAUGGACACGGCUCAAGAAGCACAUGGUGGUUGAACCAGAGGAACCAGCUUUUCCAAAGCCACUGGCCAAAUCUCAGGAUGAGUCCAGUGACAAGAAAAACACAGACAGCGAUAGUAAGGAAAGGUUGUCAGCAGACCAAUGCGAAAAUCAAGACUUGGUCAAGAACAAAGAGGUCUCUCUAAGUCCAAGGGCGCUGGGUAUGUGGGAUGCUCUCCUCUUUCAGAUGUUCUCAACCAAAGACCGAAUCAUGCAGCAGAUCAACUCCACCAAAAAAGAUUCGGAAAAGAAAAAGGUCUCGAAUGACAAGCAAGAGGAAGUUCCAUCCUUUGUCAAUCGCUUACCACUCUUGCUGUACAGUCCUCGAUUUGAUGCUAGGAAAUUAAAAGAGGCAGCCGAGAAGCCAUUGACAAAAGUAGCGUCGGUGUUUGAAAGAGGACUAAUGAAGCGAAAAACUCAGGAGGAUGAUCGCAAGAACUUCAAUAGAAUAGCCAGAGGAUUUGAACCCAAUUAAGCAGAAAUGUGACUUGGACAAAUGUGCCUGAGGUUGAUUAAUUAGUCUAUUGCAUCACUGAAGAUGAAGAGUUUUUUUUAACCUUCUGGGAGAACAUUGAUCAAAGUAUUUUCAAAUGUGUUCGGUUGAGCCAAAUUAAGAAACCAAAUUAACUUUGAAAGAAUUGUUUGAAUAUAAUAUUUAUUGAACAUUUCUUCUUUGUUCUGAUCACUCAUGCAUUUACCCAAAGAUGUGUUUUUAUGGUCUUAACAGUGUAAAUAGUUGUGAAUUGUGAAAACGCAUCAUGUGCUCGAGGCACCUUUGCACUUUUCAUUUACAAAUUUGAAAAAAAAAAAGCUAACCAAAACAACAGUGAAUUUUAAAAAUGAAUCCAGGUUCGAUUAGUUGUACUAUAGCAAGUUGCAUCUAUGUAUUUAUCGGGGUUAGCUUCUCAGUUCUAAACCACUGUAAUAAAUUUGGAUUUACAUUCCUAAAUCAACUAAGAUGAUGCAUUUUUAGAUGAAUAUUGGACAGAACGACCCUGGGAGUUAUGCAUGGAGGGAAAUAAGUACUAUGUCUGUCAGUAACUGGCCAGUCAACAAGCCAGCAAACCAAAGUGGAGAUAUCUGAUAUGUUAAGAGAUAAAACUUGUGUGUUGGAAUGGGAGUGUGAAUCAAACAUUUUUUUGGGGGGGUGGCACUUCACACAUUAAUAAUAAUCAUAAUCUGAGGUUGAACUUUGGAAGUUAAUAAUGAUGAUGUUAUGCUGGUUGUGUCUUCUGUGUGCAAACGUAUGAUGAAAAGAAAGUGAAAUUGAAGAAAAUGCA